AUGCUGUUGCUACUCUUCUUCAUAGGAACUGUCUUGGGUGAAGGGACGUACGAGGCCGGAUGUUACUUGGAAGGCAAUGAGUAUAUAGUCGAGUCACCAAUUGACACUGCAAAGACGUACCUUGCGACGGGUACAUUUAAAGACACACUUUUUCAGCACGGCUGGGGGUUUUUGCGAAUCAACUCAGCACAGUCAACCUCGCUCGAUAUGGAUAAACAAAUAGCGAAGUGUGCGGGAAUGGUCGAAGGCUAUUUGACUGCGGGGAAUAUUCGAGAUAGUAUGGCGAAUCAACGCGCACAAAAUAUAGUCGAAGAGUGGGACGAUGUCACAUUACAAUACAUCAAUAGAAACAUUGCUUACAACAAGAAAAUAGUCGAAGACCAAUCAUUGAAUGACCCAUGGGCGAGAGCACUUGGACUGGUCCUUGCACAAACAUUUGGAGUGAGAGAAGGCGCUUUGAGAAAACUUCCCGUCCUCCCAUUGACUGAGACGGACAUCUUUAUUUUGAACUCAGACGGCGAUUUGGGAGAUUUACAGAACAUCGCGGCUCACUGCUUGUGGCCAGAAAUGAAAGGAUUCCACCAUGGUAAUCACACAAGAUUCCCAGACAAGUGGUAUGAGUUGCACAGUCACUGCACUGGUCUGAUUAAGUUGUUGCCGGAUUAUUCCGACUUGUUUGUAGCACAAGAUACAUGGUCGUCACCAACUACUAUGAACAGAAUCAUGAAGGAUUAUCACAUGAAAUACUUUGACAAAGCUAUUGGAGAGAAAAGCAUCAAGUUCAGUAGUUAUCCGGGUGUCACACACUCGUUGGACGACUUCUGGUUGUUGAGCAAUGGACUCUCUGUCAUUGAAACGACGAUGCACUGCUGGAAUCAAGACCAGUUUGAGAAGUGCACUCCGGAGUCUGUGUUAACUUGGAUUCGUGUCCAAGUAGCAAAUUGGUUAUCUUCUAAAGAAGGAAGUGGCGUCCAAUGGGCGAAAAACUUCAUUCGAGAGAAUUCAGGAACAUAUAACAAUCAGUAUAUCAUCAUCGAUUAUAACAAAUUCACGAAAGGAAAGAAACCUAAGCCAGGGAUGUUGUACGCAAUCGAACAAAUGCCAGGGUUUUAUGGUGUUGGAGAUCGUACCCAAGAAUUGAUUGAAAACACUUAUAUUCCUUCAGUGAAUUCUCCAUUCUUUGCCGACGUUUAUGAGUAUGCCGGAGUGGGCGAGAAGUGUAAAAAUGAUAACGAUUGGUACUUCGAUUAUUGGCAAAGUGAUCGAAUGAAAUUGAUUCAGAGAGACGCCCCUAAUAUUAAAGACUAUGAGGGGUUCAAGAAAUUCAUGAGGUACAAUAACUGGCCAAAUGAUCCUUUGGUCAAUGAUCCGGGACAAUUCAUUUUGUCUAGAUACGACUUGAGACCGAAAGAAUGUAUCCCAAGCCCAACUAACCCAGCUAUCGUCCACUGCCCAAGCGAUUUCGGUGGGCUUGACUCCAAAACUAUUAAUUACGAGAGAGCUAUGGCGAUGAAAAUUGACGCUAUCUCUUCACCACAAUACGAAACACAACCAUUCUAUACAUUCGGAAAGAAGCCAUUUGAUAACACUGUCUAUAACGGACUGCCAACAGACUGGAAAUUCGACUGGAUCGUGUUCGGUGAUGGCGAGGGAGAACUUUAG